GCGACAGCCUCCUCGUGAUAUAUAUGCAUGGUGCUAAGAGCACAAGUACACUUGUGUCGACCAGUCGUUGUCAUCUCUUGGUUCUCUGCUCUGGUCUACUGAACGGUGUGGCAAGGAUGAGGAUCACACUGGCACUUCUCUACAUCACAGGUGCGGUUCUUGUGGAGUGUGGGUACAUCACCCCUGGUAAUGGGAGGUCAUGGGGAACCUGGGACUCAACAGUACGUUUUUGUCCCCCAAACAGCUAUGCCUCCGCAUUUACCAUCAAGGUGGAAGACCAUAUUGACGGAGACGACACAGCCAUGAACGGCAUCCAGCUCUACUGUCGCUCCACUAGAAACGACCGUGAAGUGGGCGUUCGUAGCUCCGCCGUCGGUAACUGGGGUGUAUGGCAAGGCAAAAGAGAAUGCAACAAAGGCUUCUUUAAGGCAAUCAGAAUGAGGAUUGAGAAUGCUCAAGGAAGAGGCGACGACACAGCCGCUAACAACCUAGAAAUGCAGUGCCAGAACGGAGAAAUAUACAAUGGUGGCGGAACCGGUUGGGGUUCCUGGAGCGACUGGAGGUACUGUCCUAGUGGUGAAGUGAUCUGUGGCUUACAGACCCGGGUUGAGGCAGCACAGGGUGAUGGUGAUGACACUGCUCUUAAUGAUGCUAUAUUCGCCUGCUGCCGACCAUCAUAAUGCCACAGUCGUCUCCUAAUGAUUUCCUGAAGAAGACCCUUAAGAUCAUAAGAGUAAGCCAUACCACGGGCGGGGCUUGAACUCUUGUUGAAUGAAUUUUAUUGUAUCCAGCUGGCCCAGUGGCUAACGCGCCAGUCUGGAGUUUUACGACUCUCUGACCGCGGGUUCAAACCCCACCUGUGGUAUGGUUCACUUUCAGUUGUGUCACUGCGAUUUUGUGAAUCAGUCUUAAGAGUAUUUUUCCUGCACAUAUUACGAUCAUUACAACAGAGGGAGUGAUGCCAUGAUGUUCUACCGAAUAGGUUUAAGAAAGAAUAUAUUUCAGGAUACUCUAUUGGAAAUAUAAACACAUAUGCCGUAUAAUGUGAUCCUUUAUUGACAACGUUUCACGAAACGUUGUCAGUAAAGGAUCACAUUAUACUGCAUAUGUGUUUAUAUUUCCAUUGUAUCGGUAUUUUAUACCAUUUGUUUCCAGGAUGUUCUAUUGUUGACUAUGUGGCGUGAUUCUUUUAUAAUGAACACUGAAAUGUUUAAUGAGGAAGGGGAAUCCCUGUGUAAACAUUAGCAUCAAGGUAAAUUAAGGCACCCACAAACUUUAUAAUGAAAACAAUGUAAUAAAAAGAAUACUUGAA